AUGGUUACCUCCGCACAGGCUGGCAUCGGGCGGGCAGGGAAGGGUUAAGGAGGAGUAGCCCGCCAGCGCGAUAGCGGAGGAAAAGCAGCAUAUCGCGGAGGAGCCGUCCGCUCCUGCCCUGGCACAUUUACGUCCAUGUGGUCUUCGUGGAGGGAGGAGGGCUUUGGGGACGUAUAUUUGGGUAAAACUUUUAAUGCGGGAAUACAGUUUUGCUUCUGUUCGGGAGGGCAUUCCUCGUUCACAACUUCAACAUCGGGGACUGACUGAGGGGAAUAAACAGCCACGAGAUUUAAUUAGGCCGUAAUUGCGCUUCUGCUCGCUGGUGCAUUUUACACGUGAGCUGGAAGCUGGUCGGAGACGCGCGUGCGCCGUGCGCGCGGAAAGCUGGCUCCAAAGUGUCAGCGGAGGAAAGUGGAUAUAUCACUUUAAAGUGCAACUGAGCCGGACGUGUGUCUGCGGUGCGACGCCUCGAUCGGCCCUGGAAUAUUAAUAAUAAAAAUCAGAAAAAGCACUUGGAAACAGGGAAGUUAUGGACGACAGAAUAUCACGUCUGCCGGACAGACAAUCGCUGGAUCAGGCAGAUUUCCUCGGGGUGGAAUAUUCAUCUCUCUACAUGUGCAAAUCAAAACGAGUGGUGAAGAGGGAGGACGCCAAGGACGCCUAUAAGUUGCCACACAGGCUGAUUGAGAAGAAGAGACGAGAUAGGAUUAAUGAGUGUAUUGGGCAGCUGAAAGAUUUGUUACCGGAACACCUGAAACUGACGACGCUUGGGCAUUUGGAGAAGGCUGUGGUUCUGGAAUUGACGCUGAAACAUGUAAACGCCUUGACCGCGAUCACCGAGCAGCAGCACAAGAAGAUUAUCGCUUUGGAGAGCGGUGAUCGAUCGACAAAAUCGUGUGUCCAGGCUGAUCUAGAUGCAUUCCAUUCGGGCUUUCAAACUUGUGCCAAAGAAGUGCUGCAGUUCCUGAACAGGUCCGAGAACUGGACUGCCCGGGACCAGAGAUGCACUCAGCUAAUCAACCACCUCCAGAAAGUUUGCGCUCAGCUCCUUCCCAGCGCCCAGCUGCUAUCCCAGCAGCUCCUGGCCAGUAAAAGCGCCACCGUAGCUCAUGGUCAGAAAGCGGAAACGCAGGCGAACUGUGUUCCCGUUAUCCAGAGGACUCAUAUCGGGGAACUGAACGAAAACGACACGGACACCGACAGCGGCUAUGGAGGAGAUGUGGAGAAAUAUGAAUGGAAGGCCGACCUAGACUGUAACGGAGCAAAGGCGGUCGGACCCCAGCCGGUUAAAAUUAAGCAAGAGUACGGGGACGAGCCCCGAGCCAAGAGAGCGAAACUGGACCCCAAUGACUUUGCGAUGUUUAAAUCUGAUUCGCCCGGCAGACCCGAUGUGUCUGUUUUAAACUCAUUGAUGGGACUAGGCGGUGUACCUUUCGGACAACAAGCGUCUUUCUGCAUGCCUUUCUAUUUUCUUAACCCAUCAGCGGCUGCGUCUUACAUGCCUUUUGUGGACAAGUCCAAUUUGGAAAAAUAUCUGCUGUCCGCCACGGCAGCGGUGACAAACCCCUUCCCGCUGCUGUACCCCGGACUCCCCGCGCAGGCGGUGGCGGCUGCAGCCGCAGCCUUCCCGGGCAUGUCGCCAGCGCUUUCUGUAGGUAAAACCUUCGGGCUCACAUCUCUCUCCCAAAAUACCGACAACCAAGCCCCCAACCUGGAAACGCCGAUCGAGGCGGAGGCAGCUUCACCUGUAGAGAGUCAGAUCAUGGAAUCUCCAUACGGUGAAUCCAAGAAGACUGAAGCAGACGAGUCCUAAAUCACUCAAUGCCCACAUUUUAUCCCCAUAUAUUUUUCAAAACGCUUUUUUUCAGUUAAGUGGUGAGUCUUUAUUUUUAUGAUAGUUUUAGCUGAGGAAGAUGACACGGUAAUGUUAUUUUAAUAGAAAAAUGAGAAUAACUUUGUUCAAAAUAACACUGCAGUUAGCAGGACAUUAAUUUUAUUCUGUUGAAGUGCCAUGUUUACAAUUUAUAGAUUUACCAUAUAAUGUAACAACUGACUGAUAAAUAUUUAAGUCUGUAUCAUAACUGUCAAAGAAUGUUUGAUCUAAGGGCAAAGUUUUUCAACAUAAGACCAAAAUUACUUUUGGUUUGAUUAGUGUAUCUAGCGCAGAUGAGCGCUUGCGUAGAGUACGGCGGGUCACGUGUCUGAUACUAAGACGUGGGAAAGGUACAUGGGCACCUUAGUGGAAAUUUGAUACUGAAUGUAACUUAUUUUUAAUGAAUAUGGAAGUAUAUAUAAAUAUAUUAAUUAUCAGAUUCCAGGUGUUUGCUUUUUGCAAGGUAAAGUGCACUUGUUCAUGGUUUUCAAAGACGAUCUUUUUACACCAUUGCCUGUCCCUGUUAUAAUCCAGACAGGAAUAUAUUUUCCUAUUUAGAUUAAUUAAACUACGAGACAGACAUUUCAUUGACAAACAUGCGUGUGUGCAAUGGUGGCACUGCAGCCAUACUAUUUAACAUACAAUGCAUGUUUCUGAGAUGUGGAAGACAUUGAAAUGUUGACUACAAGUGCAGACUGGCAAAUAGUGUGAGAUACAAGAACCGGAGAUGCUUUGUUCAGCUCUGGGAUCUGUGAGACCCGUUACCAAAUAGCGGUCUAAUAGGCGGUGUAGCGGUAAAGUUCCCGGAUGAAUACUACCUUCAGUUCUGACUGCGCUCCAAGCUCCUAAUUUGAACGUGAUGUAUUACUAUAGUUUAGUUUCUAUGUUAACAAUUGUGAAUUGUUGCAAUUUAUUAACGGAGCAUAUAUUUUUGGCGUGCACGCAUAUUUAAUGUAUCGAUUAAUAUGUUUAUCAAUAGCGCCAGCUUUAAAACGGAACGAUACCUGUUCUUUGAUGUGUCAGGCUUCCAGUUACCAAAUUCAUACGCCGUCACGCUCACAACACUUACGUGUGGAAUAUGGGCAUGAGCGACCAGGAAUGUUGAGUCUUUAAAUAAUGGCUGAUUCGGGACUGAACACCAGACUUCUGCCUAGAGGUCUUUGGUAAAGUGUUUAUACUGACUGUAAUCAGGAUCUGGCACGGCCGCACGAGUGGCUUCACAGAAUGUUCUGGAAGAGACGACAAUCUCACAAUAAACUUAUCCUGUAAAUAGUCAAAGAUAUGUAUAUUUCUUUGUUUUUUUUUAAAUAUCCAGUGCUGCUCAUUGGUGCUUGCCUCAAAAGCUGAAUUUUUAAUGGUCUGUUGCCAAACGUAGUAGCUUGUAUGUGUACAUAGUUUGCAAACACAAUGAAGUAAAUGUCUAUUGUAGUUAUAAACUAUGAGUUUUUAACAAAUUUCAUUAAGUGUGUAGUUUUUGUUAGGUUCUUUAGGCAAAAACUGUCUUAUUUUAAAAAGCCACAAAAUAAAUAAUAGAACAGAU